CACAUAGCUUAGAUUUGAUCCGUUUGGCCGCAACUGCAAUAACACUGGGAGAUGUGUCAAGCGAACGUGCUUCACGGGGCCGCGGCGGGGUUCUGACCCGCUCUUCAACCCGGCUGUGCGGCGAUAUCAACGCUUGCUCUCGGCGGAGGAGUCUGUCAUGUCUGGCGCAGUGGCCACUGGAGGGGCGCAGUCCGCGGGUCUGGGCGCUGCCGCCGCGGGCUGCUGCUCCUCCGCGUCGGGCGCCGGUUCUGCCGCAUUAUUAAGCGCAGGAUCGGGCAUCGCAGGCCGGUUACCGAGCCGUGUUCUCGAGCAUAUAUUCUCAUAUCUAGAGCUGAUGGAUCUGCUAAACUGCUCGCUCGUUUGCUGGCACUGGAACAACUGUCUGUCGGAUGAAAACAGCGAGGUGUGGCGGAGUCUGUGCGCCCGUUCACUGAGUGAUGAAGCGAUGCGCUCUGAUAUCCUCUGCAACCUGGCUUCAUAUAAAGGAAAACUGAAGUCUUUCCAGCACGCUCUGAGCUCCCAUGACUGCUCCAGAAAUGUAUAUAUCAAGAAAAACGGGUUCACCCUGCACCGCAACCCCAUCGCCCAAAGCACCGACGGCGCCCGCGGGAAGAUUGGCUUCUCUGAAGGGCGUCACGCCUGGGAGAUCUGGUGGGAGGGUCCUUUGGGCACGGUGGCGGUUAUUGGCAUCGCCACCAAGAGGGCUCCCAUGCAGUGCCAGGGCUAUGUGGCACUUCUAGGCAGCGAUGACCAGAGCUGGGGGUGGAAUCUAGUAGAUAAUAACCUGCUUCACAAUGGAGAGGUCAACGGCAACUUUCCCCAGUGCAACAAUGCACCAAAAUACCAGAUAGGCGAGAGAAUACGAGUAAUCCUAGACAUGGAUGAUAAGACACUAGCCUUCGAGCGAGGCUUUGAGUUCCUUGGAGUGGCUUUCCGAGGACUGCCCAAAACAUGCCUCUUUCCAGCGGUUUCGGCCGUAUAUGGGAACACUGAAGUGACUAUGGUGUAUUUGGGAAGACCUCUCGAUGGAUAAACAUACAUAUUGGAUAUCAGUGCCAUUCAUAACGCCGGAGAGCAUCAUGGGAUCCGCUGCUUGGCAUAGAUAAGACUCAUGGCUUUUCACAUUUGGACUAAAAAAAAAAAA